AGGGCAGAAGCCAGUGUCGCCUGCAGUCUCAGAGCCAAGAGUAGCUCAGAGGGGGGUGGACUCUUGGGAAGGAGGAGGAGGCCUGGAGAGCAUAGGUCACCGACUCACCGUACAGAGGGCAGGCUCAGGCGUGAUCCGAGGGGGGAAAAGAAUCCUGCCCCAUCCAGGUCUCAGGCUCUGGGAUGGUGCCCACUGGCAGGUGGUGGUUCAGGGCAGCUGAGUAACAAAGACAGGUAGAGCCCCCCAGAUGGGCUGUUAGGCACAGGGUCCUGGAGAUGCAGCAAGGAGACGGGGCACAGAGCUGGACAGCAGGGGGCAUGGAGACGGGGCCCACCGAGAUCAAAGCUGUGAUCGUGGGGGACGGGGGCUGUGGAAAGACCUCCCUGCUCAUGGUCUUCGCCAAGGGGGAUUUCCCCAGGGUCUACGUCCCCACCGUGUUUGAGAAGUACUCUGCCUCCUUCCAGAUUGGCGGAAAGCCGGUGCAAAUCAAUCUGUGGGACACAGCAGGGCAGGAAGAUUACGACAGGCUCCGUCCCCUCUCCUACACAGGAGCCCAUGUGAUUCUCAUGUGCUUCGAUGUCACCAGUCCCAACAGCUUCGACAACAUUCUCACAAAGUGGUACCCGGAGGUGAAUCACUUCUGCAAGGGUGUCCCCAUCGUGCUGGUUGGCUGCAAGACUGACCUGAGGAAGGACAAGGUCCUUCUGAGGCGGCUCCACAAGGACCAGCUGGAGCCCAUCACCUACCACAAGGCAGAGGCCAUGGCCCGGGAGGUGCAUGCUGUCACCUACCUCGAGUGCUCAGCCAAAUACCAGGAGAACAUCACCGACAUCUUCACAGAGGCCUCCAGUGCCGCCUUGAGCGCCAUGCAGAAGAGCCAGCGCAAACGGAAACCCAAGAGGAGCUGCCUGCUCUCCUAGCCAGCUCCCCACUCCUCCUGGGGAUGCCCCAGUGCCCUGCACCCAUCCCAGGGCCAGCACCGCCCUCCAGCAUCUCCAUGGGCAUCGGCUCCCACACAGCCAGGACUGAUGGCAGAUCUUGCCCUCCUUGCAGCAGGCAUCACCAGGGGGUGAAUAAUGCCACAGGAAGGGCAAGUGCCUCCCCCCGCAUAGUUUGACAUGGAAUAAGACCAGAGUAGAGAAGGAGCCAUGUUCCAGCUCACAGGAUUCACUCCCUCAGCUCUGUAACAGAGCACGAGUACAUGUCCAAUAGCCUUAACUCCUCCCAGCUUCACCUGGCUCCAUCUGGCAGCUACCAGCCCACGCGGCUCUUAAUAGCACAGCUCGGCUCAGCACUGCUCCCACCACCACAACCAGGCUUGGCUUGCCAUGGCUCCUGCACAACUACCACCACUGUGAUCCACAGGGUCCCCCCAUCCAUGUCCAUGGACCAAUUCCCUGAAUCCAUCCACAAGACUCCAUAGCCACAAGUCUCUGCAGGGCAUAAGCCCAAAGAGGGACUGUGGUGUCGUCUUUGUUGUGUGUUUGUACAGCACCUCACAAAGUGAGGUCCUGGCCCAUGGCUGGGGCUCCUGCGAUAAUACGCAUAAUAAAUACUAACUGAAAGUAA